AUGGCCCAGGAUACUGGUCUCGGAUUUAUUAAAAACCUCGUGGAUCAACAGAUUCCCCUGGCCGCUAACGAUUUCACCAAAGCACACCUAUGGAAGAGCCAGAUACAGCCCCUGUUCCAAGUCCUCACUCAUUCUCGUGUUGUUGAUUCCAAUGUACUUGAGCAACAAGUUGCUGCCAUUGGCAACUUCAUCCUAGGGAUCGGUGGAAGGCGAAUGAGUACUCUAUAUGACUUUAUCCUAGAUCUUCUCGACUCUUGGUCACAUUUGCCUAUGGCUGAUGAUGAUCCGUAUGGGAUCUCUGCAUGUGAACUUUCGCUCUCGGUCCUGGCUACCCUGAUCGACUGUAACACUAGCAACAUUGUCAAUGAUAACUUCACCAGAAUUGUCAAGCGUUUCGGAAGUCCUAUCCAAGCUGCUAGCCCUUCUCCAGACGAAUUUUCCAAACUGCAAGCUCAGAAACACUUACAGUACCUCCAGCGGCGUCUUGGAGUUGGCGAUGCACUAGCCGAGGCCAAGACAGAAAAGAAAGCUGCCGUGACGCGGGCCGAAUUUAUUAUGCGCAAAGAUUUGCCAGGACAACUUUCAGCAGACGGCCCACGGCAUGAUAACGACCACACUGACAUAUGCGAUAUUAGAAUUCUGCCUACACAUGAAGAAAUUACUUCGAUACGCAACGAAUACCUACCAACUACCGACGCUUCUUCAUUUCACGUACCCGGAAUUCGAGGGCGCCUUGACAGAGAAUUCCGCCUACUACGAGAAGAUACAGUAGGCCAACUCCGAGAUGCAGUCAGCACACAACUCAAGGCAAUGAGGGAUCCUAGACACAAGCAGGACCGUGGUAGCGGGAACGCUACUCGUACUUACGCGUAUCAACAAGCAGAAAUCGUUGAUGUUAGCUUUGAUAGAAUCCAGGGCAUGGAUCUUUUGGUUCAAUUUCUACAACCUACAACUAAGAAGAGUGUCCAGCAGCGGAGAGAUUGGUGGGGGAACUCCAAGCGUCUUCAACCUGGGGGCCUUGUCUGCAUGCUUUCCGGAAACGACUCUGUGUUGUUCUGCGUGGUUGGCGAUAACACUAUCAUAGCAAGCGACCAAAAGGGCGUUAGAAAGGCGGAAGGAAACGAAGAGCCCUCGAGGAAACCAUCUCUUGCUGAUGAUGAUGUAUGGGCUUAUGCUUACCUGCACCUUGUUGAGGCCCGUCCACAUGAUAUCGGUCAAGCACUUCGAUGGUUUCAAAAUAUUGGUCCCGAGCAGCAACGAUGCCUUGUAGAGUUCCCUCGUGUUCUCCUCCCCUCAUUCCAACAUACACUUAUAGCCCUUCAGCGAAUGUCAAAGAAGUCCGAUGUGCCUUUUGACGAGUUCAUUGCUCCAGCCAAGGUGGAUCUAGAUCCGGAAGUCAAAGACGUCGGUCCUCCCCAGUACACAAUGAGGCCGGAUUUCUCCUUCGACCUCAGUUGCCUUACGCAUGACAAUGCAACUCUGCAUCAUUCGCCCCGAAGGCCGCUAGACCCGCGAGAGUUGGCAAGCCAUUCAUCCCUUGACGCAACUCAGUCUGGCGCUCUUUUAAACACGUUAUCGAGAAAGCUAGCUCUGAUCCAAGGUCCGCCAGGUACUGGAAAAAGUUUCACCGGCGAAAAGAUAAUAAAGGUGCUACUUGCAAAUAAGCGCGAGGCUGCUCUCGGACCUAUUCUCUGCGUCUGUUAUACCAACCACGCCCUAGAUCAGUUGUUAGUACACUUGAUGAACGACGGGGUCAAGAUUAUUAGAAUCGGGUCAAGGUCGAAAUCAGAGGAGUUAGAGGGCCUCAAUCUCCGCGUUGUGGCCAGAACUGCGGAUCGUACUAAGGCCGAAAAGGGUUCGAUGUGGGAAUUGAGGUCAAAGCGCGAUGAAGAUGUUCGUACGAUAACACAGUCGAUCAAUGAUCUUGCAGCUUGCCAAACUCCAGCUUCGAUACGAAACUACCUGUCUAUACAUCACAAAAGACAUCACGAUGCUGUAUUUGGUAUUGAAGAUGAAGAUGGAUGGCAGCAGCAACAGCGCCGAAAACCCGGGGAACUCCUCGGCCUAUGGCGGACUAGUGGCCACCAUGAAAAUCACACUCCUCGUGACAUAACUCAAUUAAUUUACGCGGAUAUUUGGACCAUGAGCAAUGCAGAGAGGACGCGUCUCUACAAUUACUGGCUACGCGAAAUACGCGAUCCGCUGAUAACCGACAUCAUACAGAAGUAUAGGAGUUACGAACAUACCACAGAUGAGUUAGAAAAGGUGUCUCGUGACGUUGACCUGCGAUGUCUGCAUGAAGCAGAUGUGGUUGGUGUCACAACUACUGGGUUGGCGAGGAAUCUUAGCCUCCUUCAAAAGCUAAGAUGUAAAGUCAUGCUGUGCGAGGAAGCAGGAGAGGUUCUCGAAGCACAUACCUUGACUGCCCUCCUCCCCUCUGUCGAACAUGCUAUUCUGAUCGGCGACCACCAACAGCUGAGACCACAGAUAGUAAAUUACGAACUCCAAAGCACGAGCGCAAGAGGUGCUCAAUACUCCCUCGAUGUAUCUCUAUUCGAGCGUUUAAUCCAACCACCAUAUGAUACAGACCCGAGAUUACCCUAUGAUACUCUAGAGACCCAAAGGCGAAUGCACCCUAGCGUCUCAGAGUUGAUUCGGUCAACCUUGUAUCCUCGGCUUGAAGAUGGUGGCCCGGUAGCUCAAUACCCAGAGAUCUAUGGUAUGAAAAAACGCCUGUUCUGGAUGCAUCACGAGUCACCUGAGGAUCAAGAAGUUCAGCUUGAUCCGAUGACAACUUCACACACAAAUACCUUUGAAGUCGAAAUGACUAUAGCACUCGUCCAGCACUUGGUAAGACAAGGAUCGUAUGGCCCGGACGAUAUCGCUGUCAUCACACCAUAUCUGGGACAACUAAAUCGACUUCGCCGCGAGAUGGGGAGAUUGUUUGAAAUCUCUGUUGGCGAGCGAGAUCUAGAAGAGUUAGAAGCUCUCGAUGCUGAUCAAUUAGCAGCCGAGAAGGUAGCUCCUCAACCACACAAGCCCGUCACCGUCAAGAAAACCCUCCUGAAAAGCAUUCGAUUAGCAACUGUCGAUAACUUCCAAGGCGAGGAAGCGAAAGUCGUGGUUAUUUCUCUCGUGAGGAGUAACGCUGCGAAUAAAUGCGGAUUCUUGAGCACGAACAAUCGUAUCAACGUGCUGCUAUCUCGAGCUCAACACGGCAUGUAUCUGAUUGGCAAUGCAAACACUUACAGGCCUGUACCUAUGUGGGCGAAGGUCUUAGACAUCCUCACAGAGAACGAGAACCUGGGGGCUCAGUUGGAGUUACAUUGCCCACGUCAUCCCAACCCUGAUACACCCCUUUUAGUAUCAAAGGCUGACGAUUUCUUGCGAGUCGCACCUGAAGGGGGAUGUAUACUCCAGUGCGACCGACGCCUCUCGUGUGGGCACUCAUGUAUUAACAGAUGCCAUCAUGAGAAUCUACACAAUGCCGUAAAGUGCUUGGAGCCUUGUCCCAGGCCCAAGAAGGGAUGCCAACAUCCUUGCAAGUUGCUUUGUGGCGAACCUUGCAAACCCAGAUGUGAUGAAUAUUUACAAGACGUCAAUAUCACUCUUGCCUGUGGCCACAAAAUCUUCGCAGCAUCCUGUUGGCAAGCGCAGAACCCCUCUACCAUCGCCUGCAAGAAGAUGGUCUCGAAGACUGUGCCUGGUUGUGGACAUACCGUUGAUGUGCCUUGUCACACAGACGUGAGCGUUGACACUUACCGGUGUGAAAAAUUAUGUCUCGACCCUCAGCCAUGUGGUCAUAACUGCCAGAGUGCAUGCUAUCAAUGCAAGGAGAGGAAAGAUGGCAAAAUCGUCAAGACAGUCCACCCUAUCUGCAAGCAAGCCUGCGGCCGGGCAUACACAACAUGUCGCCAUACCUGCCGGCAGCCGUGUCACGGCGAAGCUAAGUGUCCUCUCUGUCCAGAAUCAUGCGAAGUUAGGUGUAGCCACUCUAAAUGCAGCAAGAAAUGCCACGAACCUUGUGUGCCAUGCGCCGAGCAGACUUGCGCAUCCAGUUGUCCCCACGCGAAGUGUACUAUGCCCUGUGCAGCACCUUGUGACUGGGUGCCUUGCUCGAAGAGGUGCGAAAAGGUCUUGAGUUGUGGACAUCAAUGCCCAUCUGUAUGUGGAGAGACGUGCCCCAAGGCGGAAUUUUGUCAGACUUGCUGCUCUGAAGAGAUAAAGUCGGUUAUGGUAGAUUUCAUCAUGGGCAUGCAAUACCAUGAAAUCGACCUAAACGAGGAUCCUUGCAUCUUCCCGGACUGUGGACAUUUCACUACUAAGACUAAUAUGGACGGCAUCAUGGAUAUGAAAGCUCAUUAUAUGAUGUCGGCCGAGGAUAACCCAACAGCUAUCCUCAACACCUCCGAACCAUUCUCCAUGGAUGAGGUAAAAGUUUGUCCGACUUGCCGUGGAUCUCUACGUAAUAUCUCACGAUAUGGGCGAAUAGUCCGACGAGCCAUGCUCGAUGAGUCCACCAAGAAGUUCAUUUCUUGGUCCCAGAUUGAGUAUAGCAAGCUUGCGGAGCUUCUACUUGAUGUACAGGGGCGCAUCUCAACAGCUCCACCUCCUCCCCGAAUCUUACAGAAGAAUGCCCACUCUAACAAGAAAGUCUUUUCGACUGGCCGUGUGAAACAGAUCCAACUCAUCUGCGACUGGGUAGGGAACUCUAGAUAUGAUAAAGCUCUUAAACUGUGGCAGCGAAUCAAUAAUUUCCUCGGGCAAGUUAGAAGGGAGGAGCAACCUUUCCAGCGCGUCAACGACUUUGUCCUACAUGCAGCGCGACAGCGAAAAACUCAGGGGAUAUUUGCCUUCGAUGAGACAAGGAUCCAGAUCAAGGGACAUUUACAGGCAUGCAUGCUUUCCCUGAAAUGCGAUAUUAUCAUCGUUACCGACUUCAUGACGCAUCGGGAUUCGCUAGCAGAGGGUCGAGGGGAGCUAAAUCUGGAUUUCUCGAUACAGUUGGAUGAGUGCGAGUCCCUGGCAGAACGUGCCAAAGCCACAGGAUACCCCAGGCAAGAAACUGAGGCUCAUGUCUACUUUGCACAGUUUUGCGCUUUCAGCCGAGCGCUACUCCCAGCCGAGCAAGUAGAGGGCGAGUCUAACACUAACGCCGUAAAGGCCGAGAACUUCAAGGAAAAGGCUAAGGAACAUCUAGCCCUCGCUCGUGAAUUAGUCGCGAAGUAUAAUGAUCAGACCACGGGAAUGAUGGCAGAGAUCGAGGCGACAGAAAAGAUGGUACGCGAUAGCGUAUUCUACGAUCCUGUAUCUACGGAGGAGAUGCGGGCGGUAUACCGUGCUAUGGCGGCUGAGUUCUCCGGAACCGGCCACUGGUACGUGUGUGAGAACAACCAUCCAUUUACGGUUGGUGAGUGCGGGAUGCCCAUGGAGCGAGCCAGAUGUCCGGAGUGUGGAGCCCCCGUCGGUGGUGCUAACCACGCGCCUGAUGCGGGAGUGCAACGCGCCAACGAUAUUGAUAACCUGGCUCUCGAUCUAGGUGGAAUGGGAAUUAAUUGA